AUGAGUGUGAUCGAUAUUCUGACCCGGGUUGAUGCGAGCUGCAAGAAGUAUGACAAGUAUGACAUCACCAAGCAAAAUGACCUCAAGGUCUCCAGUGACGAUGCGUUCGCUCGUCUCCACGCCGUCAUCGAGGCUGACAUUGAUGCAGCUCUUGAGGAGCUCCCCAAGUUGCAUAGAUUAGCACAUAAGAAGGUGGAUUUGGAGGGUGAGGAAUGCUUGGGCGAGGAGGUCACAGAUUUCAAUCAAGACUCCUUGAGGAAGAAGACCCUAAACAUGAGAGAGGUGACACCUAUUGCGGAGGAAGGUGAGCAACCUAUGGAGGUAGAGGGUGGUGGUGCCGGUGAUAUUGGAAGCAAUGCUGAUGAUGUUGGUGGAGGCAUUGGCAGAGGUGCCAGUGGUAUAGGGAGAGGAGCUGCUGGGGUUGGUGGUAUUCCACCACUUGACUCAUAA